UAAAAGCUCACAAUGAGAUUUGCCCCUCAGAGCGGUUAGCUUAGUCUGAGGUCGACGUGGUCUUUGUACCAGAAGUGGGCGUUGUACCGUUUAGAAAACAUUGAGCUUAAGAUGCCAGUCGCCAUGCUGUCUCUCCUCACUGCGUCGUUAUUACUGGGGUUCACGUGCGGGGCCGAGUACGACUAUGGCGCGUUCGACCCAAGCAGAGACAACUUCCGUCCAGGUACGUUUCCCAACGGCUUCAUCUGGAGCACGGCCACGGCGUCCUACCAGAUCGAGGGCGGCUGGGACGCGGACGGCAAAGGCGAGUCCAUCUGGGACAGGUUCUCCCACACAUCUGGUAACGUAGACCGCGGGGACACCGGAGACGUGGCCUGUGACAGCUACAACAAGUACCGAGAAGACGUGCAGCUCAUGAAGGCCAUGGGUCUAGAAUACUACCGCUUCUCGCUGGCCUGGACCCGAAUCUUUCCCGAUGGCACCUCAGCAAGCGGCCCUAAUCAAGCUGGAGUUGACUACUACAACAACGUCAUAGACGAGCUGAUCGCAAACGGCAUCACCCCGAUGGUGACGCUUUACCACUGGGACCUUCCGCAGGCCUUACAGGACAGGUACGGAGGGUGGGUGAGCGAGGAGCUCGUACAACAUUUUAACGACUACGCCACCUUCGCGUUCCGCACUUUCGGGGACAGGGUGAAGUACUGGAUCACGUUUAACGAGCCCUGGGUGGUGUGCUUCCUUGGGUACGGUACAGGAGGCAACGCUCCGGGCAUUCAGGACUCGGGCAAUUCCACUUACCUCUGCGGACACAACAUCUUAAAGGCUCACGCGGAGGCCUGGCACACAUACGACGCCGUUUACCGCGGCAGUCAGCAGGGACAGGUCAGUAUAACGCUUAACUGUGACUGGCCGGAGCCCCGCGACCCGGACUCCCAGCUGGACGUCGACGCGGCUGACCGGUACAUACAGUUCUACAUCGGCUGGUUCGCCCACCCCAUCUACUCUGCCGAGGGAGACUAUCCCGCCGCCAUGAAGAACAGUAUUUUGGAGAAGAGUCAGGCGGAGGGUCUUCGGGAGUCUCGCCUGCCUCAGUUCACAGCGGCAGAGAUAGACUACAUCAGAGGCACGGGGGACUUCUUCGGUCUGAACCACUACACCGCACGGAUUAUCCAGAACAGGGUGGACCCUAACGAUACCCCAGGCUACUCCAACGACAGGAACCUGUCCGAGAGCACGGCACCAGAGUGGCCGAGGGCCGCGUCCGAGUGGCUGUACGUCGUGCCCUGGGGGCUCCGCAGACUGCUCAAAUUUAUCAAGACGAAUUACCGUGACCCUGACGUGUACAUCACCGAGAACGGCCGGUCGGACCAUGACGAACAACCGCCCAUCAUGGAGGACGACGACCGCAUCUGCUACUACAUGGGCUACAUCGACGAGGUCCUCAAAGCCAUAGAAGUAGACACGGCAUGGUCCCUGAUGGACAACUUCGAGUGGUCUCGUGGCUACACCGAACGCUUCGGGCUGCACUACGUCAACUUCACCGACCCAAGCCGGCCCCGAACACCCAAGAAAUCGGCAACUUUCUACCAGGAUAUCAUCGCCAGCAACGGCUUCCCUGAGGGAGCAAAGGUUACUGAGAUGGUGCGGAGUAGGUGGGAGGGGUGCAGGGGAGGGCCUGUGGGCUGGGCGGCAGCUACCCGCGCCAACAUAGGGGUGCUAGUACUCUCGGUCACGGUUACGUUACAAAGAUUACUUGGUACGAGGCCUAACAUGUCGGGCACGAUGCUGGGUCUAUUUGCCACGUCCUUGUGCCUUGGUCUUGUUUGCGGGGCUCAGUACGACUAUGGCGCGUACGACCACAGCAGAGACGCGUUCAGACAGGGCAGAUUUCCCGACGGCUUCAUCUGGAGCACGGCCACGGCGUCCUACCAGAUCGAGGGCGGCUGGGACGCGGACGGCAAAGGCGAGUCCAUCUGGGACAGGUUCUCGCACACAUCUGGUAACGUAGACCGCGGGGACACCGGAGACGUGGCCUGUGACAGCUACAACAAGUACCAAGAAGACGUGCGACUCAUGACGGACUUGGGUCUGAAGUACUACCGCUUCUCUCUCUCCUGGACCCGUAUCUUCCCCGACGGCACGUCAGCAAGCGGUCCCAAUGAAGAUGGAGUUGCGUACUACAAUAACCUGAUCAACGAGCUGAUACGUAACGGCGUAACUCCGAUGGUGACGCUUUACCACUGGGACCUUCCGCAGAACCUACAAGACACGUACGGAGGUUGGGUGAGCGAGGGCGUCGUCAGGCACUACAACGACUACGCCACCUUCGUGUUCCAGACGUUCGGGGACAGGGUGAAGUACUGGAUCACGUUUAACGAGCCCUGGGUGGUGUGUUACAUCGGGUACGGGACAGGGGAGCACGCCCCGGGGAUACAGGACGAGAGGAACUCCACGUACCUCUGCGGACACAACAUACUAAAGGCUCAUGCUCAGGCGUGGCACACCUACGACACAAACUUCCGAGCCAGUCAGCGCGGACAGGUCGGCAUCACCCUGAACUCGGACUGGGCGGAACCCCGGGACCCUGAGCUGGACGCUGACGUCACCGCCACCGAAAGGUACCUGCAGUUCUACCUGGGCUGGUUCGCAAAUCCCAUCUACAGCGUCGACGGAGACUAUCCCAUCGUCAUGAAGGAGGCCGUGCUAGCUAAGAGCCAGGCGGAGGGUCUGCGGGAGUCUCGCCUGCCACAGUUCUCCCAAGAGGAAGUCGAGUUCAUCAGAGGAACCUCCGACUUCUUCGGCCUGAACCACUACACCACACGGAUCAUUGAGGAUAACGUGGUCGUCGGCGCGGCACCAGGAUAUUCGAACGACAGGGACAUCGCACAGUACACGGCGCCUGAGUGGACCAGGGCUGAGUCGGAGUGGUUGUAUGAAGUUCCCUGGGGUCUCCGCAGGCUGCUCAACUAUAUCAAGCUGAACUAUGGUGAUCCCGAGGUGCUGGUGACGGAGAACGGGCGGUCUGACGGUGACGUCACGCCCCCUGUCAUGGACGACAGGGACCGCAUCUGUUACUACAUGACGUACAUCGACGAGGUGCUGAAGGCUAUCGAAGUAGACGGAGUGAAGGUGCGAGCCUACACCGCCUGGUCCCUGAUGGACAACUUCGAGUGGGCCCGAGGCUACACCGAACGCUUCGGGCUGCAUUACGUCGACUUCAACGACCCAAGCCGACCCCGAACAGCCAAACAGUCCGCAAGCUUCUACAAGGACGUCAUCGCCAGCAACGGCUUUCCUGCAGGAGCAGAGGUUACAGAGAUGGUGCGGAGUAGGUGGGCUGGGUGCAGGGGAGCGGCGGCCGCCACGCGCGCCAACAUCGCGAUCUUAGCUCUGUCAUUCAUCAUAACUGCCAUGUAUAACCUUGUCAAGAUCCAGGAUUAUUUUCAGCUGAGCGGAGACACAAUGUUGGCUACCAUACUGACCCUGCUUACCGCGUCUUUUCUAACGGGACCAGUGUGCGGUGCUGAGUACGACUACGGUGCGUACGACCCGACCAGGGACACAUUCAGGACUGGGCGGUUUCCGGACGGGUUUUUUUGGAGCACGGCCACGGCGUCUUACCAGAUCGAGGGUGCCUGGAACGUCAGCGGCAAAGGCGAGUCCAUCUGGGACAGGUUCUCCCACACACCCGGUAAGGUGCAGCGAGGAGACACCGGAGACGUGGCCUGUGACAGCUACAACAAGUACCGAGAAGACGUGCAGCUCAUGAAGGACUUGGGCCUACGAUUCUACCGCUUUUCUCUUUCGUGGACCCGUAUCUUUCCCGAUGGCACCUCAGCUAGCGGCCCCAACCAAGCUGGAGUCGACUACUACAACAACGUCAUAAAUGAGCUGAUCAGAAACGACAUCACCCCGAUGGUGACGCUUUACCACUGGGACCUUCCGCAGGCCUUACAGGACAGGUACGGAGGGUGGGUGAGCGAGGAGAUCGUACAACACUUCGAGGACUACGCCACCUUCGCGUUCCAGACGUUCGGUGACCGGGUGAAGUACUGGAUCACGUUUAAUGAGCCCUGGGUGGUGUGUACUGCAGGGUACGGGUCUGGGGGCCACGCUCCCGGCAUUCAGGACUCGGGCAACUCCACGUACCUCUGCGGACACAACAUCAUAAAGUCCCACGCCAGCGCGUGGCACAGCUACGACCAGAACUUCCGCCGUGCCCAGGGAGGACGAGUCAGCAUCACGCUCAGCUGCGGCUGGACGGAGCCGUUCGACCCCGACGUGCCGGCCGACGUCGUCGCCGCCGACCGCGACCUGCAGUUCCAGAUGGGCUGGUUUGCCCACCCGAUCUACACCUCACAGGGCGACUAUCCUCCCGCCAUGAAGGAAAUUAUCCUGCGGAAGAGUCUGGCGCAGGGGUUCCGGGAGUCCCGUCUGCCGGAGUUCACGGCGGCGGAGAUUGACUACAUCAGCGGUACCUACGACUUCUUCGGGCUGAACCAUUAUUCAUCUGGAAUAGUGAAGCACAAGGUCUCAACCGGGCAGGACCCAAAUUUCUGGGGCGACCAGGACCUGGAGUCGACCGUGGCACCAGAGUGGCCCCAGGCGGCUUCCAGCUGGCUCUACUCCGUACCCUGGGGGAUCCGCAGGCUGCUCGGCUACAUCAAGCAAAACUACAACGAUCCUGACAUCUACAUCACAGAGAACGGCUGGUCUGAAGAGGAGGCGGAUCCGCCCAUCCUGGAGGACACCGGUCGCCUCUGCUUCUACAUGGGGUACAUCGACGAAGUUCUGAAAGCUAUCGACCUGGACGAAGUGAAGGUGCGAGCCUACACCGCCUGGUCGCUGAUGGACAACUUCGAGUGGGCAGAGGGCUACACCGAACGCUUCGGGCUUCACUCCGUAGACUUCACCGACCCGAACCGACCCCGAACACCCAAGCGGUCCGCAAGCUUCUACAGGGACGUCAUCGCCAACAACGGCUUCCCUGAGGGAGCAGAGGUUACUGAGAUGGUGCGGAGUAGGUGGGAGGGGUGCAGGGGAGGUCCGGCGGGCUGGGCGGCCGCUACCCGCGCCAACAUAGGGGUGCUAGUACUCUCGGUCAUCGUCAAUGCAAUGUAUAACUUUAUCAACAUUCGGGCCGAAGGGCGGUUGUUACAAGUGCGCUGUAGAUCGGUAAUCCGCUGCCUGUUCCGUCCCUGGAUUCUCGCCAUGUUGCUCCUGCUGACCUUCUCUGUGCUGUUGGGUACGGCGUGUUCUGUCGUGUACGACUAUGGCGCGCACGACCCAGCCAGGGACGCCUUCCUCCCCGGCCGCUUCCCGGACGGCUUCAGCUUCAGCACGGCCACCGCCGCCUACCAGAUCGAGGGCGGCUGGAACGCCAGCGGUAAAGGUGAGUCCAUAUGGGACAGGUUCUCCCACACACCUGGUAAGGUAGACCGCGGGGACACCGGAGACGUGGCCUGUGACAGCUACAACAAGUACCGAGAAGACGUGCAGCUCAUGAAGAGCAUGGGACUACGAGACUACCGUUUGUCUCUGUCAUGGCCGCGAAUCUUUCCCGACGGUACCCUAGCGAGCGGCGUCAAUCAAGACGGAGUCGACUACUACAAUAAUGUCAUAAAUGAGCUGAUCGCAAACGGCAUCACCCCGAUGGUGACGCUUUACCACUGGGACCUUCCGCAGGUCUUACAGGACAGGUACGGGGGAUGGGUGAACGAAAGUCUGGUGGAACACUUCAACGACUUUGCGACCUUCGCGUUCCAGGCGUUCGGGGACAGGGUGAAGUACUGGAUCACGUUUAACGAGCCGAAGCCGGUGUGUAACAAGGGGUACGAGACGGGGACGCGCGCUCCAGGUGUCCGGGACCUGACCUUACUGUCUGCCUACAGGUGUGGACAUACCAUCAUCAAGGCCCAUGCGAGGGCGUACCACACAUACGACAGAGACUUCAGAAUAAGUCAGCGCGGGAUCGUGGGGAUCACUCUGAACCUGGACUGGGCGGAGCCUCGUGACCCAGACCUGCCCGCCGACGUCCAGGCCGCGGACCGCUACAUGCAGAUCUACAGCGGCUGGUUCGCUCAUCCCAUCUACGUGGACGGAGACUAUCCGCCAUUCGUCAAGGAAGGGUUGCAACAAGUUGGCUUGGCAAAUCCGGGGGAAGCCGUCCCGGAGUUUUCCGCGGAGGACAAGACUUACAUCGCCGGCACGGCCGACUUCUUCGGCUUGAACCACUACAAAACCCGGAUAGUCACAAGCAGAGACAUCGUCGUCGGCACAGCAGGCCAGACUUUUCGGGACACCAUAGAAGCGACCGUAGCACCGGAGUGGCCGCAGUCUGCGUCUAGCUGGCUGUACGUGGUGCCCUGGGGGCUCCGCAGGCUGCUGAAGCAUAUCAAGCAAGCCUACGGUGACCCUGACGUGUACAUCACGGAGAACGGCCGGUCGGACCCGGACGUCCAGCCGCCCAUCCUGGAGGACACCGACCGGGUCUGCUACUACGCGACGUACAUCGACGAGGUUCUAAAGGCUAUAAAAGAAGACGACGUCAAGGUGAAGUCGUACACCGCCUGGUCCUUCAUGGACAACUUCGAGUGGGACAAGGGCUACACCGAGCGGUUCGGGCUCAUCUACGUCGACUUCACCGACCCCAACCGACCCCGAACACCGAAGAGGUCCGCAAGUUUCUACACCGACAUUAUCGCCAACAACGGCUUCCCUGAGGGAGCAGAGGUCACCAUGAUGGUUCAGGACAUGUGGGGGAAGUGUCGAGGCUCGUCGGGAUCAGCCGGACUCCGUGUUAACAAUGGAUUUUUAGCUCUUUUUAUCACGAUUACCGUCAUGUGUACCUUCUUAACUUGCAGGAGCUUAAUUUUUUGUAAUAGCAGGUUCAAAAUGAUGUUUUUAUGGACCUUCUUUGUGGUGAUGAGUGCAGUGUACUGUGCUGAGUACGACUAUGGAGCGUACGACCCGGCCAGGGACGCCUUCCGUCCAGGCAGGUUUCCCGACGGCUUCAUCUGGAGCACGGCCACGGCGUCCUACCAGAUCGAGGGCGGCUGGGACGCGGACGGCAAAGGCGAGUCCAUCUGGGACAGGUUCUCCCACACACCUGGUAACGUAGACCGCGGGGACACCGGAGACGUGGCCUGUGACAGCUACAACAAGUACCGAGAAGACGUGCAGCUCAUGAGGAACAUGGGUCUGAAGUACUACCGCAUGUCUCUGUCAUGGCCGCGAAUCUUUCCCGACGGUACCCUAGCGGGCGGCGUCAACCAAGCUGGAGUCGAGUACUACAAUAAUGUCAUAAAUGAGCUGAUGGCAAACGGCAUCACCCCGAUGGUGACGCUUUACCACUGGGACCUUCCGCAGGCCUUACAGGACAGGUACGGGGGGUGGGUGAACGAAACGCUUGUAGAACACUUCAACGACUACGCGUCAUACUGCUUCCAGACGUUCGGCGACAGGGUGAAGUUUUGGCUGACGUUUAACGAGCCGAAGGUCGUGUGUGACAACGGGCACAUCACCGGAGAACACGCCCCCGGCAUACAGGACCGGACCCUGCUGACCGGAUAUCGGGCUGGACACACGCUGCUGAAGGCUCAUGCCAGGGCGUGGCACACAUACGACAGAGACUUCAGAGCAGCUCAGGGCGGCAAAGUUGGAAUCACCCUGAACCUGGACUGGGCGGAGCCUCGUGACCCAGACCUGCCCGCCGACGUCCAGGCCGCGGACCGCUACAUGCAGAUCUACAGCGGCUGGUUCGCUCAUCCCAUCUACGUGGACGGAGACUAUCCGCCAUUCCUGAAGGAUGAGCUACAACAGCUCGCUCAAGCUAACCCGGGGAUCAACUCGCUGGUGUUCACUCCAGAAGACAAGGAGUACAUCCGGGGCACGUCUGACUACUUCGGAUUGAACCAUUACGUCACUCGCAUCGUCGCAAACAGAGACAUCGUUAUCGGCCCGGGCCAGACGUUCCGAGACACCUUUGAAGCGACCGUCGCGCCGGAGUGGCCGCGAGCAGAGUCCAACUGGCUGUACGUGGUGCCCUGGGGGCUCCGCAGGCUGCUCAAGCACAUCAAGACGAACUACGGUGACCCUGACAUCUACAUCACGGAGAACGGCCGGUCUGACGGUGACGUCACGCCGCCCAUCAUAGAGGACACCGACCGGGUCUGCUACUACGCCGGGUACAUAGACGAGGUGUUCAAGGCUAUCAACGAGGACGGCGUAAAAGUGAAGUCCUACACCGCCUGGUCCUUCAUGGACAACUUCGAGUGGGCCCGAGGAUACACCGAACGCUUCGGGCUUCACUAUGUCGACUUCACCGACCCGAACCGACCCCGAACACCCAAACAGUCCGCUGGAUUCUACAAGGACGUCAUCGCUAACAACGGCUUCCCUGAGGGAGCAGACGUCACCAGGAUGGUCCAGGACAUGUGGGGGGAAUUUCCUGACGGUUUUAUUUGGAGCACAUCGACCUCCGCUUACCAGAUCGAGGGCGGCUGGGACGCGGACGGCAAAGGCGAGUCCAUCUGGGACAGGUUCUCCCACACACCUGGUAAGGUAGACCGCGGGGACACCGGAGACGUGGCCUGUGACAGCUACAACAAGUACCGAGAAGACGUGCAGCUUAUGAAGAACAUGGGUCUGAAGUAUUACCGCAUGUCUCUGUCAUGGCCGCGAAUCUUUCCCGACGGUACCCUAGCGGGCGGCGUCAAGCAAGCUGGAGUUGACUACUACAACAACGUCAUAAAUGAGCUGAUCAGAAACGGCAUCACCCCGAUGGUGACUCUUUACCACUGGGACCUUCCGCAGGCCUUACAGGACAGGUACGGGGGGUGGGUGAACGAAAGUCUGGUGGAACACUUCAACGACUUCGUAUCAUUUGCAUUCAAGAGCUUUGGGGACAGGGUCAAGCUGUGGUUAACCUUCAACGACGCAAAGAUAUUAUGUAACGACGGCUACCUGACCGGCCAGCACGCUCCAGGCGUUCAGGACCCAAGCCAACUAUCCAGCUACCUUUGUGGACAUAAUAUCUUGAAGGCCCAUGCCAAGGCGUGGCACACAUACAACACCACCUUCCGAGCAAGUCAAGGUGGGAAGGUUGGAAUAACCGUCAGCCUGGACUGGGCAGAGCCCCAGGAUCCCGACCUUGCGGCCGAUGUGGCGGCGGCAGAUUAUUACAUGCAGGUCUCUAACGGCCAGUUCGCACAUCCCAUCUAUGUCAACGGUGACUACCCACCUGACUUCAAAGUCUUGGUGAGUUGUGAUACUUUUACUUUAUGGAGAUGAGCUAAACUCAGGCAGGCAUUACCAGAUAAGGACGUCCCGCACUUUACCGACGAAGAGAAGGCCAGCAUUCGUGGCUCGUCGGACUUCUUCGGCCUGAAUCACUACACGAGCCGUAUCGUCGGGCACAGGGAUACCCCUGCUGGGAAGGUGAGCGUUGUGGAUACAAAUGAUCCUGGGCCUCUGGACAACAUCAACAUCACGACAUCUCCAGCCUGGCGGCGCGCUGCGUCUGACUGGCUGUACGCUGUGCCAUGGGGCAUGCGCAGAGUGCUCAAAUACGUUAAGGACACGUUUGGCGACCCCGAGGUCUACAUCACAGAGAACGGUUGGUCUGACGGUGACGUCACUCCGCCCGUCAUGGAGGACACCGGCCGCAUCUGUUACUACAUGACGUACAUCGAUGAGGUACUAAAAGCUAUUAACUAUGACAAAGUGAAUGUUAGAGCAUAUACUGCCUGGUCCAUAAUGGACAACAUGGAGUGGCAAAAUGGCUACACUCUGCGGUUUGGACUGUACUACGUUAACUUCACCGACCCAAACCGGCCUCGGACACCCAAGCUGUCAGCUGGAGUCUACAGGGCCAUCAUCACUAACAACGGCUUCCCUGAGGGAGCAGAGGUUACCAGGAUGGUGGAGAACAUGUGGGGGGAGUGUCAGAAUGGCAGUGUCGUCAGGAAGGAGCUGUAGAGCAUCAUUUUCAAACAGCAAUUGUUGUAUUUUGGCUCUGUGAUAUACAGUAUAGGCAAUGGGGGUAAGGGAUGACUACAUGUGGCCUAAGGAAGGGGAGGGUCAACUUGGUGCUGGGUGAUGCAGCCAUGACAGUGUGUGUUAGUGUCUGACACUUACAGGAAGUUGGGUCAAAAGUCCCAGAUUUGUAGCAGAGGUUUAAUAUCUCAUUUCCUGUUUGUCAGCAUGAUUGCAGGGGUGUGACUGUGUCAUCUCUUGUUAUCAAUACAUAAAGGAAAAUUUUUCUUGCCAUAUUUGAUAUUCUUUAACCCUUGUCCUGCUGGCAUUCC